UCUCCGCCCCCUCCUCCGGUGGUGCCGGGUUGCAGCGCCGGUCGUGGAGGUUUCGGUGCCCGAAGCCGGGAGCGCGGAGUCGUUCCCGGGAGCGCCGGCCAGGCUAUGAUCGCGGGUCCCCGGCGGCCCGCUCCGGCCAACCAGAGUCCCCGUCUCAGCUUGUGCCCGUGCCCGAGCGGUCUCCUCAGGCCGGCCCCGCGGCGCAGUUGGCGGCGGCGCCCGCAGUGCGCCCCCUCCUCCGAUGGCGGCAGAGAUCCAGCCCAAGCCGCUGACCCGCAAGCCGAUCCUGCUGCAGCGGGUCGAGGGGUCUCAGGAGGUGGUGAAUAUGGCCGUGAUCGUGCCCAAGGAGGAGGGCGUCAUCAGUGUCUCGGAGGACAGGACUGUUCGUGUGUGGUUAAAGAGAGACAGUGGACAAUAUUGGCCAAGCAUAUACCAUGUGAUGCCUUCUCCAUGUUCAUGCAUGUCUUUUAACCCGGAAACAAGAAGACUGUCCAUAGGUCUAGACAAUGGUACAAUCUCAGAGUUUCUUUUAUCAGAAGAUUAUAACAAGAUGACUCCUGUGAAAAACUAUCAAGCGCAUCAGAGCAGAGUGACGAUGAUCCUGUUUGUCCUGGAGCUGGAGUGGGUCCUGAGCACGGGACAGGACAAGCAGUUUGCCUGGCACUGCUCUGAGAGUGGGCAACGCCUGGGAGGUUAUCGCACCAGUGCUGUGGCCUCAGGCCUGCAAUUUGAUGUUGAAACCCGGCAUGUGUUUAUUGGUGACCACUCAGGCCAAGUAACCAUCCUCAAACUGGAGCAAGAAAACUGCACCCUGGUCACAACAUUCAGAGGACAUACAGGUGGGGUGACUGCCCUCUGUUGGGACCCCGUCCAGCGGAUGUUGUUCUCGGGGAGCUCCGACCACUCCGUCAUCAUGUGGGACAUCGGUGGGAGAAAAGGAACAGCCAUUGAGCUCCAAGGACAUAAUGACAGAGUCCAGGCCCUGUCCUAUGCACAGCACACGCGGCAGCUCAUCUCCUGUGGUGGUGACGGUGGAAUUGUCGUCUGGAACAUGGACGUGGAGAGGCAGGAGACCCCUGAAUGGUUGGACAGUGAUUCCUGCCAGAAGUGCGAUCAGCCUUUCUUCUGGAACUUCAAGCAAAUGUGGGACAGCAAGAAAAUUGGCCUGAGACAGCACCACUGCCGGAAGUGCGGGAAGGCCGUCUGCGGCAAGUGCAGCUCCAAGCGCUCCUCCAUCCCUCUGAUGGGCUUCGAGUUUGAAGUGAGGGUGUGUGACAGCUGCCACGAGGCCAUCACAGAUGAGGAACGUGCACCCACAGCAACCUUCCAUGACAGUAAACAUAACAUCGUGCAUGUGCAUUUUGAUGCCACCAGAGGAUGGUUACUGACUUCGGGAACUGACAAGGUUAUUAAGUUGUGGGAUAUGACCCCGGUUGUGUCCUGAUGCCCCUUCCAGGCACCAGGAAGAUAGUAUUUACUCAAGAAACGGUUGUUCUAACCUAAAUCAUGACUGGAGCUGUAAAGCAGAUGGGUGAGUGGUGGGAGAGAAGCUGGAGAGCUGAGCUGAGCUUGCAUGUGACCCGCACACACGGCGGUGAGUGGUCGGUGAGCUCUUGCGAGGGAACUCUUGCAACUUGUUCAUACGAUAUAAAAGAGGAUAUUUUUUUAACAAGUGGUUUAUACAGUCUGGCUGUGCUACCUUGUUUUGAGUAUACUGCAAACUCAGUGUGGGGUGUAUUAAGUUUUAUAUUUUUCACCACUUCGUUUUAGUUGUUGCUUUGUGUGUCGGAGAAAUGAGGCGUGUAUUAACUGUUCAGGGUAUUUUCGGUAGUUAUAAAGUAGUUUCCGUGUUUCCUUCACUUGGACACAUAUCUCGUGGUCGGCAUCUUUUUCUUCUGUAUGUAUCCACCCUCAGCUUCAUCUGCUGUUCCCCAGAGUGUACGUACUCACAGUUUAUUUGCAGUGUUUCUGCUUUCAUAGAAAUUCCCUUCCAUUGAGAGACCUGGAAAACCAUUCGUGUGGAUUUCCCAGCUGACUCUUGAAUCGCCUGAAGAGUGAUCCCGUUUGUGAUAUCUGGUCAUACAUGUUCUCAUGGAGUGGAAAUGACCUUGUGUUUCUGCCUCAGUUUUUCUCUGUCUUUCCCACAUUAAAAAAAAAAAUGUUGUGAGAAAGCCACUCCCAGCCACAAAGUAGAUUAUCGUAACUCAGACCUUCAACUCUCAGUGCCUGGAUCAUUUCUAAUUCAGCUGGAGCUUUCUGAGUCUUUUAGGCUUUAGUUUUAUUGACACAGCUCUCCGUCGCUCUUCAUAUUAAAAACAAAACAACAAAACCCUGUGUCCAAAAAAAAAAAAAACCCUGUGUCCUUCAAGAAUAGUGUCUUUAAAAUGUGUUGUUCUGUGUGAUGUCUGAACUUGAACAUGUUCAUUGCUGCGAGGUUGUAUCCUGCUUUAUUCCUCACCGUCUGUAUUUUCUUCUCCUUUCAAAACGAGAUAUUUAAAGAUUUUUAUCUUCAUGUAUUUUAUCAGAACACUUUGCACACUUUCAUACUAAAACUGUGUGAUCUGAGACAUAAAAGGUACUGAAUCCUACAGUUCAUGCUGUGUUCCAGUUGGGAAUGUAAAAAAAAAAAAAAAAAGAGGGGCAGGGGGAGGCCUUAGGAAAUGAAUCUAAACUCUAAUUUUAAGGGAAUCCUUGUCAAACUUGAUAAAUUGAGAUCUUCUUGUGUGUAGUGACUCAACUUGGGAUAUUGAAGUUCUUUUUUAAAAUCUUAUUUUCACUUGUAAAAAUAGAAUUGAAAUUAGCAGCAGGCAUGAGCUAUGUGCUCGCCCCCUUCUAAGCACUUUACACAAGUACCACCUCAUUGAGCCCUCACCUGUCAGGAGCAUUGGGGGAUCCCCGGGUCCUUGGGGUUCAUCAGGUUAAACAAAGCCUCGCAGUUAAACAGGCCAAUUACUUGCCCUUCUCUAUCUGCGCCCUACCUCCACAGGAUCUUGUUCUCUUUUGAUCUGACAAUUUGGGGGUGGUAGUAGUUGAAGUCCUCCCUAUUUUUUUCCCCUCUUUUCCUGAAAGUAAUUUUUCCCCCUCGUGAUCAUUAAUUUUCUUUCUAACUGGGAGAAGGACUCCCAGCCAUACUUGGAUUAUCCCUCCCCCAACACUGACCAAGUGUGCUUCCGGGGCACGGGCUUCCUCGAGAUGAUUCUGCUGCUGCAGUUUUGGGAAGCAGGACAGUGGGUGUGCCCCAUGCAGCCAUGGUACGUGACAGCCAUGACCUGGGACAUCAGGGCAGAUGGGCCUAUGUGACCAUACUCUAAGGUUGUGUACACACACACACACAGAGCAAUUACCACUUACCACUUAACUGCCGCUUCCACACAAUCCUUGCUUGCCAUCAGUCAAAGCCAUUAUAACUAACCUGAGUCUCUUCUGCAUGACUGCUCUGUGAGAGAGCUUUAAAAAGGGAAUUUAAAAUACUCAAAUAUCUAUUUUGUAGUUUACUACUAGAACCUGGAGCCACUUAACUAAGUUGUACGUAAUAAAGGACUGUGUGUUGGAAAUGAGUUGUAGGAAAGAAUCACUGUGUUUUCCCUUCCUGAACUUUGGAGCCCGGCCUGUGUAUAGAGAGGCAAGCCCAGCGUUAGGGAGACGGUGGAUCCGGCGCGUGGCAGACCUGGCGUGGAUCUGAGUUGGGUCUCGAUGAGCUCAGGACCCCACUGGGAAAGCUGAUUGUCUCCUUUGGACCACAUGUGACACUGUGGUCCCUCUGGUCUGUGACCCUGCACUUCAGUCCAGCCAUCUCCCUCCCAGCCUGUCUGUACCCCAGCCCACAGGGCCACUCAGAGGUUGAAACCACUGGACACCUCGUUGGUGACGAGAGUUGCGAUCAGUAACCACAGAUAUGUCAAGGUAUCCAUUGCCCUGCCUUUUCCUUUCUCCUCAUCUGUGUAGGUGCUUGAACUUGGUGAGAAGCGCUUAGCACGCCAACUGUGUGUGUUUAUAAUACUGUGAAUUCUUGAGUAUUACAUUAUCUCCACCAUUUUUGUAACUCGUAGAUAUGUGUUGGUGUCGGGGUGCCUUCCAAGCAUUUUUAUGGAAUAGAGGCUUCAUUCAUUAGGAGUGGAAGCUGGUGCCAGCACUUGGCUUUUCUCCUGUCUGGGUUAACUCUCAUAGUUCUUGUUUUACCCCACUGGAAUUGCACUUUAUAUAUAUUUUUUGCUCUGUUACUUCAACAUACAGAAGCUCUGGCAAGUAAUGCCUAACAGGAUUAUGCUAGGAAAGUGGCAAACCCGCACAUACCAUGCACGUGGCUGUCCUUUAUUUGGUAGGAUAGAACCAAUCACAUGCUCUCAGUUUCUCCAAAGAAAUGAUGUUACUGGAACCUUUAACUGCCUGGGUUGUCUCCACAGUAGCACAAUUGGUUUUAGAUUAAGUACUUGGAGUCAUGUGUCUUUUUAUCUGAGGUCAAUCAACCAUGAUGUAUUUCUUAUUGGAUUGUUUGAAUUAUUCAAAGAAUCAUAAAAUCACAAAACUGGAAGGGAUCUUCAGACAUCUAGAAUGUUCCAAGCACAAAACACUAUAGUCACACCAGGCAGUUAGAGAUCGCUGAGGUAUCAACAAGGGAAGCCUGAAAGAAGAAUUUUCGAGGAACAGUUGUUUUAGAACAUUAACUGGUAAUGGCGUGAGGGGGAGCAAUGACUUCCAGCCUCGAGGCAGGGAGCUCUCGGGAGCCGGCUCUGUUCCUCUCGUCGUAGGCACAGCCUUUGGCCCCAGCCCGGCUCUGUUCCUCUCGUCGUAGGCACAGCCUUUGGCCCCAGCCCCGUGGUUCCGAGCGGAUGGGUAUGUGCAGCGAGGUAGUUCCUGCAGGUCUCCAUCAGCAUAAACUCCUUCCUACACUCUUCCCCACAGACCACCCCAGCUGCAGAGUUUAAGUGGAAAUCCAGGGGCACUGAAAGCGCACCUCACCCUCCGUGUGUGGGCUGGCCCUGAGCCAGUCUCUUCAUUGACCUUCUUAUGGAACAUUGCCUUUCUUUUCCUGUUUUAAGAUUCAUUUUUUCAAAAGCAAAAUUUAUUUUUUUCUUAACAGUAAUCAGUUUUUAACGCCUGAAUUUUGCCUUUUAAGCAAGGGACUAGAUCUAAACUAUGUUAUCAAAGUUACUGGACAUAAAUAUCCAUUAAAUGACAUUCCUUUGGUUUGGCCUUUUCAUAGUAGUUUAAUUGUAUGUAAGUGACCUUGUCCACUAAGAUUUAUAUUUUAAAGUGAAGGAAAGUAUUUUGCCAAAAACAUUCUUUUUUCCUCUCCUUUAAAACAAAGUUAUGUUUUUCUGGAUGUGCAAGUGCCUAUCUAGCGACAUGAUUGGGAAACACAGAGAUUAAGUCCAUCUUGAGCACUGAGGGAUCUAGAUGACCCUUGAGACUCCAAUUCUCGUCCAGUCCAACCCUUUGUUGAGUGUCCACCACACUCCAGGCUUUGAACCAGGCCCGGGGUCACGAGGUCCAUUCUGUGGCCUAGAUGGAUCAUUUCAGUGCCAGGUGGUAAAUCCAGUGACAGAGGGCUGUGGGGUCCUGUCCCAGGAGCUGCGCAGGUGCUCCUACCCGCAUGGGUGGAGCCAGGGGACCUUGCAGAGGAAAGGGCUUCUGAGCUGAGAGUUAAAGGAUGAGUUGUUGUGAGCCCAGGCUGUGGGAGCAGCGUAAACAAAGGCCCAGGACCUGCAUCAGCCUGGUGCUCGGGGCCCACAGGCGGUUUGGAGCUGCCAGAGAACAUCAAGUGCACAGCUGCAGUCCUGGAGCCUGAGCUCUUGUCACCGUGAGACGCAGAUGCUCGUGGCCACAGAGAGAGGCAGCACGCGGUUCGCUAUGCGCCUCUACCCAGAGUCAAGUUUCCUUGCAGCUGAGGCUGGUAUCAAAGUUUCUUUUUCUUUGGAAAUACCUGGAGUUAUUAUCCUAAAAUGACCCCUGGUAACUAAUUUUUGAACUUUGUUGGGGGUACAGCCCCUCACUGGAGGCUGUGAGGUGGGGCUGGAGACCACUGCUUGCACAGACUUGGCCGGGACGAGCUUACGGCAUACUGAUUCCGCUAUUACCUGGGGGCCCAGGCUCAGGAGCUCCCCUUUGAAAAAGGACAGGCCUUGACCUGUGGAGGAGGUUGUUCUGGACAGCGGUGGCACUGCACCCACGCGGCCUUCCCGUGAGCAAGGAGGCCACUGCUGCCCUCAUUUCCCUCCGGCCUUGAAUCGUUCUUGCAAGUAAUGGUCAUUUCAGUACAAUGUGGUAAAUGUGAUAAAUCCUCAUCGCAGUGGCACUCGCUGAGCGGAAGGGAAUGUUUUUCUCAACUCGGCGACAGUAAAAGGGCUCAGGCAGCCACCGCCCUGGAGACCCGGCUCUACCGAGUGGGGGCAUCCCGGCGUCCCACCGUGGGCCUCGGUACUUCCUAGUAUUGAUACUUGUAUUCCAUCCACUUGCCUGUAUCCUUCAGUGCCCAAGUAUCCUAUGUCCGUAACUUAAUUCAGGAACUUCCAUGUUUUUAGUUUGUAAUUUUGCCUUUAAACAUUAUCCUUUCCACCAAGAAGCCUAUUUAGGCCAAACACAAGAAAGCAGGGUGUAAAAUUAGAUCUGUCCAGCACUGGAAUGGGAUUCCUCUUUUGUGUUUCUUUUGCCAGGGAAUUUUUGAACAGACAGUACGUAGCCCCUUGUCUAUUUAUAGUGGAAUAGAUGUGGAAAGGAGAUUAAAAGCCUUGAGUAGAAGUUGAAUUCGAUGAUUGUUCUUAAGAUCCCUUCCAAUCCGUGAUCCUAUGAUUCCAUGACUGUUGUUUAUUACUGGACUGACCUAACCAUUACCAGUGACCCGCCUACACGUGGCUGACUUCACUCAGGUAAAUGGGAACAUAUCCCACUGCCUUUGUCUUGUGUCACAUCAAGUAAACUGCUUCCUGUAUUUUCCCGUCUAGAGCCCAGGAGGUUUGAAAAAGAUGGAGAAGGUGCAAGUCAAUCAAUCAUGGUACCAUCUCAUUAAAAACAAAUACCUCAAAAUGUUCACCUUCGUGAGUGUACAAAAGUGUAUCUGACUUUCUUGGGAGAGAAAGGGAAUUGCAGGUUGGCUUAAAGUUUAGAUUUAGAAUGCGACUUUGAUAUUUAGGAUCCUUUCUCCUUUUUAUCCCCCUUCGUUCUCUGGGAAGCAUGAGAGGGAAGGAGAAAUGGUUUGAAAAAAGUAUUUCACUUAUACACACUUUUUCUUUCAUUGAAAUGGAUGGCUGCCUUAUGUUAGUAGCAUAUGACGUAUGGACCAAAAUACUUGUGUCGCUGGUAACCACUGUAUACUUACAUACUUGUGUUUUACGCCAUCUGCUUUUUUUUCAAAUGUACUGUCAUUUUGCAGAAGAAAAUCUUUAUAUGAAAAGUCCAAAAACUGUUACUAACUGUACAACCGGGAAGGUGCUAGCCCCACAUUCGUGCCUGCCUGCCACUGUCUCCACAACCGGGGACACGGACGCUCCCACCCUGCACGCCCACCAGUCUACAGCCACGUCGGAACCUGGCUGCAGUGGGCGUGUUGCUUUAUGGAUGUCUUUUUCUUUCUUUUGGAAAUGAGAUUCUCCAAGGGGUCAGGCUGAAAAUGUAAUAAGCCCAAAGCUGGAAGAGAUUUCUCAAAUGUGGUUCUAGCCAAACCCUGCUGGCAUUGCCACGCCCUCUGCCACUAGAUUCCCCCAACCAGACCAAGCAGUCUUGACAUUGACUUCCUGAAUGUGAUUAGGUGGGAAUGAGCAAGGAUUUCCCACGAUGUUAAAUGUCUGUAUCCAGUUCUCCAUUCAAAUGCUGCUGAAUGUCGUGAACGUUUCUGAACUCUGCUCACUUUCCCACUGUGCUUCCCGCUAACCGAAAUGAAUGUGUAGCCAUGACCAAUGUCAAAGACGCAAUGCAAGCUACCGCCACGGUUUAAAAUAAAUCUCUGUGGAAACCUU